AACAAUACCAUACAAUAAUGAAUGAAUGAAAAAGAGGAGGAGAGUUGGAAAAAAAACUACCCAAACUAACUCAACAAUAUACUUUUAACGAACUCAGAAAAACAGUAUACUUUCAACCAUUUUUAAUUAUCACAAAAGUACUAUCUUCAUACCAUUUUAAUAUUCUAACUAAGCAUUCUCUCAAAUUCCUUUAUCAAAACCGCCAAAUUCAAGUAUGAAACUGCCACAUUCUUCUCUAUAACCAAAGAUUCAUGCCCAUUUCAGCAUUCUUGAAUGAAAGAACUCGAAGAAGAACCACCAAAAUCCAGUGGAUGAUAGAGGAAGAAGAAGAAGAAGAACUGAAGUUCAUCUUCAGCCAUGUCGAUUUCAAUCCUCGAAUCCUGCAAGAAGAGAAAGAGAAGGCCUAAACUUUUCGGGUUUCAAACGUUUGGCGACCCCGGAUCGCCGAUCAGCCCCACCGGCCCAUUUCGUGAGAAUAUCAGAAUCUUUCUUCAACAAUGUGCAGAGAUUGAAGAUUACAGAAUUCAAGAAAUGCCUAUCUGGUGUACUCUCCUCGUCCAUGAAAACAGAAGCUUUGUUGUUCCACUUUACACCAUUGAAGAAGAAGUGAAGCUCUCCCCAAAGCCCUACUGCGAUUACUGCCGAUGUUCUGGGUGGAGCAAUCAUUUUGUAUCGAAAAGAAAAUAUCAUAUCAUAAUACCUUUGGAUGAUCGGUGGAACAAACGUCUAGAUGAUGGCAGUUUCGAUCUUGAUGAUCAGACUCAUCUUCUUCAUGGCUUGAUUCACUGCAAUGGCUUCGGGCAUUUGCUCUGCAUCAAUGGAAUCGAAGGAGGCUCCAAGUUUCUUUGCGGCAGAGAAGUUAUGGAUCUUUGGGAUAGAAUCUGCACAAAUCUAAGAACAAGGAAAAUUACAGUUGAGGAUUUGUCCAAGAAAAGAUCAAUGGAUCUUCGUCUACUUCAUGGAGUUGCAUAUGGACAUCCAUGGUUUGGGAGAUGGGGCUACAGAUUUUGCCGAGGAAGCUUCGGCGUGAAAGAACACCAUUACAGUAGAGCUUUGGAAAUCCUCAGUUCUCUGGAACUCGACAAGAUAAUACACGAGGUCGAUGAAACAGAUCGAGGAAGAGAGAUGAAGCAAAUCAUUCGACAUUAUAGAAAUCUGAGCGAAACACAGUUGAUCACAUUGAAAGAUCUACUUAAGUUCAUAUUGACAGUAAAGUACGUUACUACCAUUCAGAAGAAACCGAUUCAACCAAUCGCUAAAUCUCCUCCUCCUUCCAGGCAAUCUCUGCAACGAAACAAGCAGCAAUCUCUAGUGAAGGAGAAGCAAAUACGGUACAGAAAAUUCGCCACCGCAAUUUCUAAUAUGGACAGCCGAUGGCCGGCGAGACGGUUAGAAUACGCGGCGGAGGUGAUUGUGAAGGCAUUGGAAGAGAAGAAAUCAGACAAAUUCAGCCAUGGCGGAAAUGGAAUGACUCGACAAGACGUUCGAGAUGCUGCUCGCCUUCACAUUGGCGACACUGGGUUGCUCGAUUACGUUCUAAAAUCACUGAACAAUGUGAUUGUAGGGAACCAAAUCGUUCGCCGCGCAGUGAACCCUAAAACGCGGAUUUUAGAAUACACGAUUCACGAACUCAGAAAUGGCGCUCAAUUAACAGAAGAACAAGAAUCAACACAAAAUUCAGAACCAACUCUAACACCUGGCAAUGACAUUUACAGCGAUGUGCUAUGUGUAUACAGAAGCAUUUUCCUCGACUAUCCAGAAUCAGAUAUGGUGGAAUUAGCAACACAAGGAGUUCUCGAUAGCAAACAUUUUGUUAAAGAAUGGCCUCUACGAGACGAAGAAGACCAUCUAUUAACGUUCAUUAUCAGACUGAUGCCGAGGCUGACGUUUACACAGUCGGAAUCGGAGUUGAAGAGCGAUUUCAUGCCGUCCGGCGAGGUAGUGGUUCUUCCAUUACACACAACGAUUGGAGAAGUGAAAGAAGCAGCAGAAAAAGCCCUAAGAGACACAUAUUACGUUACGGAACAGUUCGAGGUUAAGGAGAUACAGAAUUUGGAGAACUCCGAAGACAGAGAGGUGAUUUUCGGAGCGGCAGAAUCGGGAGCAGAGUUGUUUGUCAAAGGAAUGGGGAUGGAUUUAGAGACGCCAUUGAAGUACCAAGGAGGAGUUGAUACCUGGAAAGUCCGGUGCGAGUGCGGCGCCGGCGACGACGACGGUGAGAGGAUGGUGGCUUGUGACAUCUGCGAGAUCUGGCAGCACACUCGCUGCUGCGGAAUCGACGACGCCGAUAACGUGCCGCCGUUGUUCGUAUGCGCCGCCUGCUGCGAUUCGCUUGGGCCGUUGAGGAUUUGAAAAGGAAAGAGCGCCGCCGGAGUUUUGAUUCUCCGUCGAGUUUUUGUCGUUGCAGAUAUUUGAAUGAAUAUGCAAAUAUCAGCGUAUUCAAUUUUGGAAAAUGGUAAAAAG